CCCCAUUGCCGACCCCACAAUGUCGUUCCCAUCCUCCAUACGGCACGCGCCACGCUUAUUAGAGUCUUGGACCUGUUCCGCGUGCUCUCGCGGGUUGUCUCGCGUCCCUCGACCUACCAAUGUUAACAUCGUGCGACCGCGAAGAUGUCUGAACACGACUAGAGAGACAACGAGACCUGCGGCGCCGUCCAUGGACGAGGUGCGCCAGCAGUACAAAAUGAACAAUAGGACUACCAUGAACUAUGUCUUCAGUAUAAUCCUUGGCACCGUUGCCCUGUCUUACGGCUCAGUCCCGAUGUAUAAAAUGAUCUGCCAAACCACCGGCUGGGGCGGGCAGCCCAUAAAGUCCGCCGCCCACGGCGACGACUCGCGCGACCCCUCGGAGCGCCUCCGCCCCGUCGAAGACCACCCCCGCAUCCGCAUCACCUUCCACGGCUCCACCUCAGACGUGCUGCCCUGGAAGUUCGUGCCCCAGCAGCGCGAAGUGCGCGUGCUGCCCGGCGAGACCGCGCUGGCAUUCUACACCGCGACGAACACGUCCAAGGAGGACAUCAUCGGCGUGGCGACGUACAGCGUUACGCCGGGCCAGGUGGCGCCGUACUUUUCCAAGAUCCAGUGCUUCUGCUUCGAGGAGCAACGGCUGAAUGCGGGCGAGACGGUAGAUAUGCCUGUGUUCUUCUACAUUGAUCCGGAGUUCGCGAGCGAUAUAAAUAUGAAGGGUAUUGAGACGGUGACGUUGAGUUAUACCUUUUUCAAGGCGAAGUACGAUGCGGAGGGGCAUUUGUAUCCAGUGGCAAAAUAGUUUAGGCCGCUACGAUGUACAUUAUUGUAUUGACAUACGGAGUCUCGGCGACCCAUAUGCACGUU